AUGGGCGGGGCCCGGGCCCCCGGCCUGCCCUUACCGCUGCCCACCCUGAUGCUGCUGCUGCUGCUGCUGUGGGCCACCGUGGGCCGGCAGUGGGCGUCCGGCUCCGGCGUGUUCCAGCUGCAGCUGGAGGAGUUCUCCAACGAGCGGGGCCUGCUGGCCAGCGGCCGGGCCUGCCGCCCCCACUGCCGGACCUUCUUCCGCCUCUGCCUCAAACACUUCCAGGCCGUCGUGUCCCCGGGGCCCUGCACCUUCGGGGCCCUGGCCACCCCCGUCCUCGGGGGGAACUCCUUCGCCGUGCGGGACCAGAGCCGCGGGGGCCGCCGCAACCCCCUGCAGCUGCCCUUCAACUUCACCUGGCCGGGCACCUUCUCGCUCAUCAUCGAGGCCUGGCACGCCCCCGGAGACAACCUACCGGCAGGACCCCUGCCCGCAGACUCGUUGAUCAGCAAGAUAGCCAUCCAGCGUCCGCUGGCCGUGGGCGAGGACUGGUCUCUGGACGAGCAGAGCGGGCCUCGCACGCGGCUGCGGUAUUCCUACCGCGUCAUCUGCAGUGACCACUACUACGGGGACAGCUGCUCGCGACUCUGCAAACGCCGGGAUGACCACUUCGGCCACUACGUCUGCCAGGCGGACGGCAGCCUCUCCUGCCUGCCCGGCUGGACCGGCGAAUACUGCGACCAGCCCAUCUGCCUGGCGGGCUGCACCGAACAGAACGGCUACUGCAACAAGCCGGGGGAAUGCCUCUGCCGCCCCGGCUGGCAAGGCCGCCUCUGCGACCAGUGCAUCCCGCACGUGGGAUGCCGCCACGGCACAUGCAGCAUCCCGUGGCAGUGUACCUGUGACGAGGGCUGGGGAGGACUCUUCUGCGACCAAGACCUGAAUUACUGCACCCAUCACACUCCGUGCAAGAACGGAGCCACCUGCUCCAACACGGGCCAGGGAAGCUACACGUGCUCCUGCCCGCCCGGCUUCACCGGCGUGGACUGCGAGCUGGAGGUCAGCGAGUGCGACAGCAAUCCCUGCCGGAACGGCGGCAGCUGCACGGACCUGGACCACGGGUUCCACUGCCUGUGCCCGCCCGGCUACUACGGGCCGCACUGCGAGCUCAGCAGCCUGAGCUGUGCCGAUUUUCCCUGCUUCAACGGCGGCUCCUGCCGGGAGCGGGCGCAGGGGGCCAGCUACGCCUGCGACUGCCCGCCGGGCUUCACCGGCUCCAACUGCGAGAAGAAGGUCGACCGCUGUACUGGCAACCCCUGUGCCAACGGGGGCCAGUGCCAGGAGUGGAGGGCCAAUCGCAUGUGCCGCUGCCAGCCCGGGUUCAGCGGCGCCCGCUGCGAGAUCAACGUCAACGACUGCGCCUGCAACCCCUGCGCCCACGGCGGCUCCUGCCGCGACCUGGUCAACGGCUUCGCCUGCGCCUGCCCCCCGGGCUUCUCGGGCGGGCGCUGCGAGCUGCGGGAACCCGCGGACCCCUGCGCCCCCGGGCCCUGCCAGAACGGAGCCACCUGCUUCCCGGAGGCGUCGCCGAGCGGCUACGUCUGCCGCUGCCCCUACGGCUUCAUGGGCCACCGCUGCGAGUUCCUGGCCUACCAACAGCCCGCACCCGCCGCCGGCUUCCCGUGGGUGGCCGCCUCCCUGGGCGCCGGCCUGGUGGCCGUUCUGGUCCUGCUGGCCAUGGUGGCCGUGGCCGUGAGGCAGCUGCGGGCCCGGAGGGCCGAGCCCGGCGGCGGCGGCGGCGGCGGCGCCAUGAACAACCUGUCGGACUUCCAGAAGGAUAACCUGGUUCCCGCCGGCCAGCUGAAGAACACCAACCAGAAGAAGGAGCUGGAGGUGGACUGUGGGGAGGACAAAUCCAACUGCACCAAGCCGCUCAACGGCAGGCACAACCCCAACCUGGCCCCGCCCGCCCCCACGGCCAAAUACCCGCCCAGCGACAAGGGGCUGGGCGAGAAGGUGCCACUGAGGAUACCCAGCGACAAGCCCGAGUGUCGGAUAUCAGCGAUAUGCCCCCCGCGGGACUCCAUGUACCAGUCAGUGUGUUUGAUAUCAGAGGAGAGAAACGAGUGUGUCAUCGCCACGGAGGUAUAAGGCCGGAGUUCAGCCUGGAUGUCCGAGGCGCGUCCCGGGGCCGCCGCUCCGCUCCUGCUGCACUGUUUACACUGGCGCCCUGGAUGCGGGGGCGGGGACACUUUCCUUAUGCAACGUGCUGCUCUCAGGAGGAGGAGGAGGACGGACGGAUGGACAGACGGACGGGCUGGGGACUGAAGCGAUUGAGGCGCCCGGUGGGGUCCCCCGACCCGCAGAGGAGACGACGGUCACCCCCUGCACCGGUCCAGCCGGCAUCUACAGUGGGGGCCGGCCAGGGGGCUGGAGGAAGGCCUGCGGGGGGGCCGCGGCCUCGACGGUCCCACCGAUGCCACCGUGGGAACGCGGCGGGCACCGGGGGCUACACUGAACGGCACCGGUGGGUGGGCUGGAUGCGGCCACAGAGGUUGGCUGGAGAGGCCUGGGAAGGUGGGCGCUCUCCUCCCGGCCAGAAGGGAGGAGGGGGCGAGCCCCGACUCCCGAAUUGGCCUGGGAGCGGGAAGAGGGGUGGGGGCAAGGCGGCCGACCCCCUUCCCCUGCUUUGGGGGGCAGUCCCCGCCUCCCGCCCCCCAUCCCACCCUGGUUUCCGGGGUCCACCGGCCUCCGGAAAGAUCUGCCGGUCCUGGGUUCCUCCCUGCAGGGACUGCAAUAUUAGUGCAAACUCCAGUGGAGGUGGGGGCUCCGGGAACCAGGGCG